AUGCAGCGGCAACAGGGCAUGCGACUCGAUGAGUGGUAUGUGCCGUACUUACAGAUGGCGGGGUUAUACCAUCUAGCGAGGCUAAAUGAUAGAUGGUUCUGGAUAGAUGAGCCCCUUCUCAGUGCCUUCAUGGAGCGGUGGCGUCUUGAGACGCACACUUUCCAUAUGCCCUUCGGAGAGUGCACGAUCACGCUUCAGGACGUGGCGUAUCAGUUGGGGUUGGCAGUGGACGGCCGUUAUGUCAGAGGUUGCCUUACGAAUUUUCAUAUAUAUAUCGAGGGUGGACGUCUUGCUUGGGUGUGGUUCGAGGAGUUGCUUGGAGUGAUUCCUCCUCCGAGCCAGGUUCAGAAAUUCGUAGUAACCUGCAGCUGGUUCCAGGAGACAUUUGGAGAGUGCCCCGAGGGAGCCGAUGAGGACACCGUUCGGCGCUAUGCUCGUGCCUAUAUCAUGAUGUUGUUGGGCACUCAGCUGUUUGUCGACAAGUCUGGCAACCACAUUCACAUCAGAUGGCUGCCCUACGUAGCUAGGCUUGAGGAGAUGGUUAGAAAUAACACGGAUGUCCGAUGCAGGUGGUCAGGUUACAACCCUUCCGUUAGCGAGAAGGGUCCUAGAGUGCAGAUGUGGAGACUGCAGAUAGACAUGUUACAGCCCAGGGAUUUUAUCUGGAUGCCGUAUAGCUCCCUCGAGGUACUGCAUGUUGUGCAUCUGGAGGCAUUGGAGCCUCGACACACAGCGCUGUGGCGAUCUGUGACAUCACUUAUAUACUUUGCCGUCAUAGAGUGGCAUCAGAUAGAUAGGGUUCUACCACAGUUCGGCGGUGUCCAGCCCCGACCGUGUUCCGCCCUAAACAUCGACUUUCUGAUGUCGAAGGACGGGAGAGGCGGUGAUCGUUGGUUCCCGUCCGCUUUCUAG